GCCACACCAGCGAGGUUCACAGACAAGACUCAGAGAAGUCUAGGCCAGGCUCACCCUCAUCCACAGAAAUAGACAGUGCAAUUCCCAGUCAUGGGCGAGGUGACGGCAGAGGAGGUAGAGAAGUUUCUGGACUCAAAUGUUGGCUUUGCCAAACAGUACUACAACCUGCGCUACCGGGCCAAGGUCAUCUCGGACCUGCUGGGACCCAGGGAGGCAGCCGUGGACUUCAGCAACUACCACCCGCUGAGCUGCGUGGAAGAGAGUGAAAUUAUCUUCGACCUCCUGCGGGACUUUCAGGACAACCUGCAGGCCGAAAAGUGUGUCUUCAAUGUCAUGAAGAAGCUGUGCUUCCUGCUGCAGGCUGACCGCAUGAGCCUGUUCAUGUACAGGGCCCGGAAUGGUAUCGCAGAGCUGGCCACCCGGCUCUUCAAUGUCCACAAGGAUGCUGUGCUUGAGGAGUGCCUGGUGGUGCCUGACUCAGAGAUCGUGUUCCCCCUGGACAUGGGAGUGGUGGGCCAUGUCGCGCUCUCUAAAAAGAUCGUCAAUGUCCCCAACACAGAGGAGGAUGAGCAUUUCUGUGACUUCGUGGACACCCUCACAGAGUACCAGACUAAGAACAUCUUGGCUUCUCCCAUAAUGAAUGGGAAGGACGUGGUGGCCAUAAUCAUGGCUGUGAAUAAAGUGGAUGGGCCCCACUUCACCGAGAAUGAUGAAGAGAUUCUUCUCAAGUACCUCAAUUUUGCAAAUCUAAUCAUGAAGGUGUUCCACCUGAGUUACCUGCACAACUGUGAGACUCGACGUGGCCAGAUACUGUUGUGGUCUGGUAGCAAAGUCUUUGAAGAGCUUACAGACAUUGAGAGGCAGUUCCACAAAGCCCUGUAUACAGUCCGCGCCUUCCUCAACUGUGACAGAUACUCCGUGGGGCUCCUAGACAUGACCAAGCAGAAGGAAUUUUUUGAUGUGUGGCCAGUCCUGAUGGGUGAGGCUCCACCCUACGCUGGUCCCAGGACUCCGGAUGGAAGGGAAAUCAGCUUUUACAAGGUCAUUGACUACAUCCUGCAUGGCAAAGAAGACAUUAAAGUCAUCCCGAAUCCACCUCCAGACCACUGGGCUUUGGUGAGCGGUCUCCCCACAUAUGUUGCCCAAAAUGGCCUGAUUUGCAACAUCAUGAAUGCGCCUGCGGAGGACUUUUUUGCAUUCCAGAAAGAGCCUCUGGAUGAGUCUGGAUGGAUGAUUAAAAACGUCCUUUCUAUGCCAAUUGUGAACAAGAAGGAAGAAAUUGUUGGGGUGGCCACGUUUUACAAUCGCAAAGAUGGGAAACCCUUUGAUGAAAUGGAUGAGACUCUCAUGGAGUCUUUGGCUCAGUUCUUGGGCUGGUCUGUCUUAAAUCCUGACACUUAUGAGUUGAUGAACAAACUUGAAAACAGGAAGGAUAUUUUCCAAGACAUGGUGAAAUACCAUGUGAAGUGUGACAAUGAAGAAAUCCAGACAAUCUUGAAAACCAGAGAGGUAUAUGGGAAGGAGCCAUGGGAAUGCGAGGAAGAAGAACUGGCUGAGAUCCUGCAAGGAGAGCUGCCAGAUGCAGACAAAUAUGAAAUUAAUAAAUUCCACUUCAGCGAUCUGCCCCUGACGGAACUUGAGCUGGUGAAAUGUGGAAUACAGAUGUACUAUGAGCUCAAAGUGGUGGAUAAAUUUCACAUUCCUCAGGAGGCCCUGGUGCGCUUCAUGUAUUCCCUGAGUAAGGGCUACCGCAGGAUCACCUACCACAACUGGCGGCACGGCUUCAACGUGGGGCAGACCAUGUUCUCCUUGCUGGUGACCGGAAAGCUGAAGCGAUACUUCACAGACCUGGAGGCCUUGGCCAUGGUCACCGCCGCCUUCUGCCAUGACAUUGACCACAGAGGCACUAACAAUCUCUACCAGAUGAAAUCCCAGAACCCAUUGGCCAAGCUUCAUGGGUCCUCCAUCUUGGAAAGACACCACUUGGAGUUUGGUAAAACACUGUUGAGAGAUGAGAGCCUAAAUAUCUUUCAGAACCUCAAUCGCAGGCAGCACGAGCAUGCAAUCCACAUGAUGGACAUCGCGAUCAUUGCUACAGACCUUGCCUUGUAUUUCAAGAAAAGGACAAUGUUCCAAAAGAUCGUGGAUCAGUCUAAGACAUACGAGACUCAACAGGAGUGGACACAGUACAUGAUGCUGGAUCAGACACGGAAGGAAAUUGUUAUGGCCAUGAUGAUGACCGCCUGUGAUCUCUCAGCCAUCACCAAGCCUUGGGAGGUGCAGAGCAAGGUGGCUCUGCUGGUUGCUGCUGAAUUCUGGGAACAAGGUGACCUGGAGCGCACGGUGCUGCAACAGAAUCCCAUUCCCAUGAUGGACAGAAACAAGGCGGAUGAACUGCCUAAGCUUCAGGUCGGCUUUAUCGACUUUGUUUGCACCUUUGUCUACAAGGAAUUCUCCCGUUUCCACGAGGAGAUCACUCCCAUGCUGGAUGGGAUUACCAACAACCGCAAGGAGUGGAAAGCGCUUGCUGAUGAGUAUGAGACCAAGAUGAAGGGGCUGGAGGAGGAGAAGCAGAAACAGCAGGCAGCCAACCAAGCAGCCGCAGGAAGUCAACCCGGCGGAAAGCAACCUGGGGGCGGGCCUGCAUCCAAGUCUUGCUGCGUCCAAUAGCAGAGCGAGGAUCCAGGGCCCAGGCCGGCCCCACCCUUCACGGACAAGAGGACCCGGGCCGGUGGGAAACCACACACCACCUUCUGCUCGAGAAGUCAGAGUUGUGGGGUUUGAAAACUGAAAGAGAAUUUAGUUUACAUCUUUCCUAGUGGCUUUCAAGCCUCUUUUUCAGCUGUGAGAACUUUUUAUUGAGUGACAACUGACAUUUUAGCUUUCACAGACUCAUUAGUGCCAGACUCACCUGCUUACCUAGAAUCUUUUGUGCUCUUAUACUUUCAUUUUAUAGUACACAAAUAUGCAAUCAUUCACAAAAGUAGAGAAUUACACAAUGAAUUGCCACCUACCCAUCACGCAGAUUCUAACAUCAGGAUUUUUGCCGCAUUUGCUUCAUCUGUCCUUUUAGAGUUUUCAUUUUUUUCUUAGCUGAAAUAUUUAGAAGCAAAUUCCAGGCAUAUCAUUGACUCCUCCAUUACGCAUCUUUAAAGAUGAAUGGGUGUUUUCAAACAUAAUCACAUCAUGAUUACAUGCCACACAUGAACCCCUAGUAUCCAGUUGUGGCGGAUGCUGCGAUGAGCUGCCCAGACCCUGUCCUGAAGACCAUGGUCUCAGCAGUGACGAGCCCUGUCAACAGACAGCCCUCGGUCUCAGUCCCUUUGGGAUUACCUCAUCCGCGGGGAGACAGUGUGCCUGAGGGUGGUGGCCUGCAGCCAACGACAGAUCCAUGCCAGGUGUUAAGGCCUGUCCAUCUUGGCUCAACCCAGGACAACUUCGCAGCAAUAACACACACAUCCAAGAUGAAAGGUCCUGGAAGAUGCCACUCUUCACUGCUCUCACUGGGAGUUAGUAAGCAAAGGAAAAUGUUUCAAGUUCACCCAAGUAUGGUACACAAUUCAAGUCUCUUUUCCAUAUUCUCUGUCCAGAGAUUGUUUCACAGUUGUCAACUGGCAAGUGUCUUUGCUUGAAACCAUAAUGUCAAAAUAUCUCUUUUAGCACAUAUAUGUAGUGUGUUUGUGUGG